UUGUUCUGACAAUAGUCUUUCAUUCCCAUUUUACAAACAACAAAAAAAGGGAAAAAAGAAAUUUCACUGAAAUGGCGGAGUUUCUGAAGAUGAAUUCUCCGGCGAUAUACGGCGGCAGAAGACGGCAGCUCUGGCAGUCGCCGAGGGUUGUAGACUCCGUCUCCUGCCGCCAGCUGUAUUUGAGGAGCGCUUAUACGUUCUCGAGAAAAGAAACUGUUCCUCAAAAAACUAAGAAGUGUCUCGGAAAAGUCAGAGAAAGAGUUGCGACAGGCGGCAAAAAGAAGGGGAAAAUCGGUUGGAGACGGCGGCGCGUGAGGAGGUUUACGGCGGUGAGGAGAGUGAAGAAAAUUUGUUGUGCGGCGUUGUGCGGUGUUUUCCGAAAGCUGUUAGCCUGUACUGCUACUGUUGAUGUGGUCGAUCAUGAAAGUUAAAAAAAAAAAGUCAGUGUUAGUUACAGUAUUUUUAAUUUUUUUUCCCUCUUUUUGUCUUUUUUUACCUUUAAUUUUCUGACUUUUUUUUAUUAUAUAUAUAGUUUGUAUUCAAAACAAAAAAAAGUGUUUUAUUUCUUUUUCUUUAUCCAAAUAUUAAAGCAUGAGCAUGAAUUAGUUUAAAUUUUUACCU